UUCAUAAUUAUCUACUUUAUAGUAAUUUUUGGAAAUUGUGCAAUAUUUGUAGUUAUUUGCUUGGACUCAAACUUGCACACUCCUAUGUACAUCUUCUUAUUAAACCUGUCUGUCAUUGAUAUUGCGUCUACAUCAAAUAUCCUACCAAAGCUUUUAAUUAUGGUCUUCAUACAGUGUAAUACAAUCUCAUUCGUGGAAUGCAUAACUCAGUUAUAUUUUUUCAUUUUCUUUGUUUGCACUGAGGUCUUUGUUCUUGCAGCCAUGGCUUAUGAUCGUUAUAUAGCAAUCUGCCACCCUUUACAUUAUAUUAUUAUAAUGAGUUUAAAGCUCACUUUUGGACUAUCUGCUACUGCAUGGGCAGCUGGGCUUUUGACUCCAGUUGGGCAUGUUAACCUCAUCUCAAAAAUGUCUUUUUGUGCUUCUCAUGUAAUCAGUCAUUUCUACUGUGAUAUUUCACCAUUGCUAAAGAUCUCAUGCAGUGAUAUUUAUAAUGUAGAAAUGUUAACUUAUGCUGUAGGGACACUUGUGGGAAUCUUUACAUUAAUUUUUACAUUAUUAUCCUAUAUUUUUAUCAUUUUGAACAUUCUUAGUAUUAAAUCUACGGAAGGUCGAAGUAAAACUUUUUCUACGUGCUCUUCACAUUUAACUUGUGUGAUUAUGUUUUAUGGAACAAUAAUGUGUCUGCACAUGAGACCUACAUCAACAUAUUCUUCAAAAUUUGACAAGUGCUUCGCUCUUGUGUAUACUGUCUUGGUUCCACUGCUAAAUCCUUUUAUUUACAGUUUUAAGAAUGAAGAAGUAAAAAAAGCUUUGAGAAGGCUCAAGAUUAAAAUACCAAAAAUAAUCUUCAAGUUAUAA